AUGCCCCAGGGACAUAAGAGUAAGCUGCGUGCUCAAGAGAAACACCGCCAAACCCGAAGUGAGACACAGCAUCUCCAGGGAGCUCAGGCUCCUGGGGCACAGGAGGGAGAGCACCUCUCCUGCUCUCCUGGCUCUGGAGAUGAUGCUGCAAGCUCCCCUGCUUCUGGGCUUCCCCAGAAGUUGCAAGCAGCUCCACCCACAACUAGUGCCCCUGGAGUUGCUACACACAAAAGAUCUGGAGCCGCCCCUAUUGGUGGCCUUGGAGACCCUGGAUAUGUGUGCCCGGAUGAGGACCACCCCACUUCCGCACUUCCGUUAUCAACUGCUAGUCUGCACAGCGGACUACUAGGUGAUCGGCUUUCUGCAGUUCAAGGUGAAUUCCUAAGGUGCCUGGAUCACCAGCUUUCCUUCACAUUCAUCAUGCCUCCGAAGCAAAGGAGAAAGACUUAUGCUCCUAAGAAACUCUGCCCAGUCGAAGAGGAGAACCAGGAAAUUGAGGAAGCUCAGGCUACUACUACCGAGAAAAUAUUACACUCUUCAUCUCCACCUCCAUUGGAGGAUAUCACUCACGCAGAUUCUCUUUCUCAGUUACAAAGCCCUCCAGAGGAAUUGCAGAUAGAAGGUUCUACCGCUAAAGCUACUGAUACACCAAAUCUAGGAUCAGAAAAAGGAGCAAAACUCAAAACUAAGAACAAAAAAAUGUCUGUAGCCAGUAUGGCCAGCAAUUUGGUGAAUCACAUCAUUGAAAUGUACAACAUGAAAAAGCCCAUUAUGAAAAAAGAUAUGCUGAAGAUUAUUGGUAAAAAGUAUAAGAAACAUUUCCCACAACUCCUAGUAAAAGCUUCUUUCAACAUAGAGGCAGUAUUUGGCAUGGAAUUAAAGGAAGUAGAUGACAAACAGAACUCAUAUUCUCUUGUCAGCAAAAUGAAUCUCCCCUAUAAUGGGGUGCUGAGUCGUGGCAAGGGAUUUCCCAAGACCGGUCUGCUGAUGCACAUUCUGGGAGUGAUCUUCAUGAAGGGAAACUCUGCCACUGAAGAGAGCAUCUGGGAAUUUCUGAAUAAGAUGAAAAUAUAUGACGGAAAGAAACACUUCCUAUUCGGGGAGCCCAGGAAGCUCAUCACAAAAGAUCUAGUGAAGCUGAAAUACCUGGAAUACCGCCAGGUGCCCGACAGUGACCCUCCUCAAUGGGAAUUCCUGUGGGGUCCAAGAGCCUAUGCUGAGACCAGCAAGAUGAAAGUCCUGGAGUAUUGGGCCAAGAUCAAUGAUACCGACCCCAGUACCUUCCAGUCCAAGUAUGAAGAGGCUGUGGGAGAUGAAAAAGAGAAUACUGAGGCAGUAGCUACAGGCAGUGAUAGCACUAAUGUCACAGAGAGGGUAUGUUCAAGUCCAGGGAUAACAAUUCUUCCUACAAUUAUUGAAGUUGACGAAGAAGAAGAUUCCUCUUAUCCUGAAGUUUGUAAUUGA